GGCCUUUUUUUCUUCUUUCUCUUUUUUUAAUUCUCUCAAUCACGAUGGCUGGUAUCACUGUUAAGGACGUCAACCCUCAUGCCUUCAUCAAGGCCUAUGCUGCCUACCUCAAGCGUACUGGUAAGCUCGAAGUGCCCAAGUGGGUGGAUAUUGUCAAGACUGGCACCUACAAGGAAUUGGCUCCUUAUGAUCCCGAUUGGUACUUUGUGCGUGCUGCCUCUGUUGCUCGUCAUAUUUACAUCCGUAAGGCUGUUGGUGUGGGUGCUUUGAACAAGGUCCAUGGUGGUCGUGUUAACCGUGGUAUGCGCCCUUCUCACCAUGCCGAUGCUUCUGGUUCCGUCAACCGCAAGGUGCUUCAAUCUUUGGAAAAGAUCGGUGUGCUCCAAAAGGACAAGAAGGGUGGACGUAAGAUCACUCAAGAUGGUAAACGUGAUUUGGAUCGUAUUGCCAUGACCUUGGCUGCUGACGAUGAAGAAUAAACA